AUGGUUCUCUUUUGUGUUUGUUUGUUUUCCCUUCGCACACGCCUACAACGUAAGACACACCAAUUCACCACGAGGCGGCACGCCCUCAGCUCCGCACGGUCCUCCCGUGUUGGUGUGCACGCAGGCCUGACGAUGACAGAGGACGAGGAACCAUAUGUUAUGGCCUUCGAGCCCUACACAGUGCAGAGGGAAAUGAUGCGAACUGUUCAUUUGGCUCUUAAUUCCUGGCCUCGGCACACCCCCAUUGCGGCGAUUGAGGUUCCCACCGGGUGUGGAAAGACGCUGGCAUUGCUUUCAAGCGUGUUGCGCUACCAGGCAGGGUUGGAGAAACACACACCACAGGAGCUGGAGCAGCACUUUCGCCUGCGGAGGUGUAGGGGUCCCCCAGUGUUGCCCUCAUUGUCAAGAACGGAAAUGUCGUCACGUAAAUGGUGCCACUGCAAGGAAGACAGUAAACACAGUGAAGAGUCGAAUGGUUUGAAAGCAAAUACAGCGGACGGUGAAGAAGCUUGGCGUGUGUCGUCGUUAUUUCUGAGGCAGUUCAGGCCACCGAACGGCAAACGUCUGCGUGUUGAGCUAGUAACUGAAGGAUCGUUGGAACUCCGCAAGCAGCAUCAAUCGCCGCCAUGUACGAUUUUUUACGUGACGCGUACGCACGCGCAGCUUCGACAGUGUGUGGGGGAACUGCGUAAACUCAAAGGUCUGGAGAGACUGAAAAUGAAUAUCCUGGGAAGCCGCAAGCAAUACUGCAUAAACCAACAUGUGCUGAAGGCGUGUGCAAACAAGACGCUUCCUAUAGAGGGAAACAACCUUGGUGAAGUCUGUGACAAGCUUGUGUCUCUCGGUCAGUGCGAAGCCGUUCAUGGCUACGGUGUCCUUGGUAGUAAGGCUAUAACUCACCCCCUGAGCCAAGGACGGAGUGACAAAGUGUGGGAUAUUGAAGAUUUGGUAACCGAAGGUGUAGGAAUGGAGUGUUGUCCGUAUUAUGCCGCGAGAGACCUUGUCUUCUUCGCCCACAUCAACUUUGCCACGUAUCAGUAUCUUCUGGACCCGCUCAUUCGUCAUGAGUGCAAGAUGGAGGCUGCCCUAAAAAAUCACUCCAUCAUUAUCUUUGAUGAGGCACACAACGUCCCGCAAGUGUGUCAAGAUGCAUUAUCCGUAGAGACGUCAGUGGACACGCUCCGUCUCAUCCUAAAUGAGAUCGAGCCUCUAAUACAACCCACUGUGGCGGUGGCGACGCUCAGCUACCCGCGCGAGUUCAAACUAACCAAAUGGACACUUGUGGAGCUACUUUCCCUACUGUAUGACGUAUUCAAAGCCGUCACAGAGUUCGUGUCACCUGCGCAACCGUCGGUAAAAACGCAGCGUGGGGUACACUCCCGGCCGGUGGGGGGACAAGAUGUCGAGGAAAGUGAAAGUAACCAUGACGUUGAGAACAACGCAAUCUUUCCAGGCGAAACCCUCGCAGAAGUGUUACGCCGCUGCAUUACGGAUUACAUACCGAUCGCUUCUAGCUGCAGCCGUCGAGGGUAUGGGACCGCAGAGAGUUCAGCAUCGAAAGACGGUGUAGCGAUGUUUCGGCAAGUUUACGGGAUUAUAAUGUCUCUGGGGGUCACCUUUAAUCCAUUCCAGUUCUCCAUUUUUUGUCUUUCACUUAUGAAGCGUUGGAUCCUCAUCAUGCGCUUUAUCAUCCAGAAACCGAGCGCCUUUGUCCUCAGCAUCAGUGACCCAUUGCCAGAAAAAAACCGUAACGGUCAAGACAGCGUCCCAAGCAGUGAGGCUGGCGGCAACACCGAGGGGGUUGAGUCAGCUGUGCCAUCACGAAGAAUUGUUGGUAUCCGAUGUUUGGAUGGUAGUUUGGCAUUUCAGCACAUCUUGAGUACCGCUCACCGUGUUGUGUUGGCCUCCGGGACACUUGCGCCGUUUCAUCAGUUGGGACGAGACUUGGGAAUACCACCUUCCAGUAUGGCAACUUAUGAAGGAUUGCAUGUGGCACAGAAGCAUCAGUAUCGAUUGGGGGUUCUCACACAUACUGUGGAUGCCACUCCGUUGCACUGUACCUACGGGAGUUUGAAGGAUCCUUCUUUCAUUAGUCAGCUUGUGGAGACACUCGCUAUGCUUGUUGAAAAAGUGGAACUUGGAGGUGUUCUCGUCUUCAUGCCCAACUACACCGUAAUGAAAACCAUCGGGUUGCAGCUCAUUUCUCGUUACCGUGACGCAGCCCGUCAGAUGGAAGGAACACCAAAGUCUUCUAGGUUCCCGCAGGUUUUCCUCGAGAGUCAGUCAGCAGCUGAUUUCCCUUCAGUGCUAGAUAGCUUCCGAAAGGCUACAGUUCGUGGCCCAGCCGUUUUCGCCUCUGUUUUUCGAGCGAAAGUGAGUGAAGGGAUUGACUUCGCGGAUUGCAUGGCCCGUCUUGUCGUGUGUGUGGGAGUCCCUUUACAGCCGUUGAAAUCGUGGACGGUGCAAGCACAGAGGAGAUACAGUGGGGAGGAGUGGUACGUAAAUGAUGCGGUCCGCGCUGUUAAUCAAGCCCUUGGACGCUGCAUACGUCACUCACGAGAUUUCGGUGCGAUGGUCCUGUUGGACGACCGUUUUGAACAAAUGAACCUUCAGCAAUCCCUGUCAAGAUGGUGCCGCGAGGAGUUGAGGGUCCACCACUCACACGCGUCGUUAGCGGAUGAUCUUCAUGAGUUCUUUCGCACUUGCAGGGGGGGAAAUGCAAUAGCGAAGGAUUCUCAUCUCAGAGAAAACGUAAGCGGUGGAAAUACCAGCCAAGGAGAAGAACUGUAUUGCCGGUCACUGGAAAAAGAAAACGUCCCUCCCCCCAUUAAGGAAGAACGAGUGACCAGCAUCUUGGAUGCACCCUUUCUCAUGGGGCCUGUACUGAAGCCGAAGGUUCCAACUUACACACGACAGUUGAGUUGCACCGCAUUAAAACUCAUGUACGAAGCCCAUGAUGAUGUCUCCCAAGUUACAGCCGAAGAGCUUCGUGAGGCACUGCGACUCUUGGAGGACGGGUUUCCGCAGUGA